AGUGCGUACGGUGAUCGUUAAUGCGUGUGUACUCCCCAUGAGUCAAGUUACUUAAACCAGUGAUUAUUAAUAGUGUAGUGUAUUUAAUAAUAGAAAAAUAAAAAAAAAAAAUUUUUUUAAUUAUUCAUAAUAGAAGAUAAUAUUAGUAUUAAUUAAUUAAAUUUCAUAUCGCAAAGAUGGACCACAGGGUUGUUGCUCUUACGGUUCUCUUCGCGACAUUUUCAAUAUUUUCAACGUUUGCUAUUAUUCAUGAUGAUGCAUUAACAAGAAAUCUAGAAGAUGCACUGCAUGAUGAUCAAUUUGCCAUUAUUGUUAGUCAUUUGAAACUUAAAAAAAUCAAUUAUGGUACAAAUACGGAGACUUUAUUUGCUGUUAAGGACACUGAGCCAAAGACAAAGUUUCUUCUCAUGUUUAAUCAUCAACAAAAUAGAGUUAUAUUGGAAACGGUAGAAAACAAAAUAAAUGGAAGAGAAGAUUUACAAAUUGAAAGUUUGAAUAUAACUGAACCAAUGAAAAAUAUUAUAUUUAUCAUUCAUCAAAAUGAAUUUAAUUCAAAAAUUGAUGUCUAUGUUGAUUGUUUAAAUAUUGGACAAUUACCAUUGAAAAAAACACUAAAAGAUUUAAUGGGACAAAAAAUUGAAGACUCAAUAAUUCAAGUGUUUCGUGAAAAAAAAAUUCGUACAAAAAUCUACAGAGAAUCAAGAAUACGAGAUGCCUGGGAACGUGAAGGAUGUGAAUUAUCACUUCUUGAUGAUUUCGCCUAUCAUAUGGAAACAACACCAGCUAAUAGUAUUCGUGUACGUCGAAGGGGUGAUAUUCCAUCAAAUGUUCAUACUCUAGACGAUCUCAAUUGUGUUGGUGAUCAGCAAUUAGUAAAAACACUAAAUGAAUUGAUUGAAUUUACAAAAAGAAUUUGGGCUGAACUCGAAAGAAAUACACAAGAAACUCGACAUGUUAAAAAAUUAAUUGAAGAUUGUAGUGCUUGUAAGCCAGAAUUUUUCAUUGCAACAACACCAGCUCCACCACGUCCAUCAUGUAAUUUUCAAUCACCCUGUUAUCCUGGUGCAAGAUGUGAUGAUUCUGAUGGUACACCAAGAUGUCUAUCAUGUCCACGUGGUUAUGAUGGUGAUGGAAUAACUUGUAAUCGUAUAAGAACAUGUUCAGACAAUCCAUGUUAUCCAGGAGUUAGAUGUCAAGAUUUAGGAAAUGGUUACAGAUGUUCACGUUGUCCAGCAGGUUUUACUGGUAAUGGUGAACACUGUGAACAUCUCAGAGGUUGUGAUACAAAUCCAUGUCAUGCUAAUGUUGCAUGUCAUCCACAACCAGAUGCUCCAUAUUACAGAUGUGGCCAGUGUCCUCAUGGAUACAAUGGAAAUGGCAUCAGUUGUCAACCAGUUGAUGAGUGUGAUCUACGUAAUCCUUGUGAUCCAAGACUUCAGUGUACCAACACACCAGGAAUCUCUCCUGGAUACAGAUGCGAUCCAUGCCCAGCUGGAUACAUUGGUAACAAGACAAGAUGCGUGGACAUAAAUGAGUGCGAGGAUGGACAAAAUGCUGCUUGUGUUGCUAAUUCCGAGUGCAUUAAUACCGAGGGUUCCUUUAGAUGUGGUCCAUGCAAUUAUGGUUUCAUUGGUAAUCAAACAUUUGGCUGUCAGUCAAUUAAUAUUUGUCAAGAUAGAAUAACAAUAUGUGAUAAACGUGCUGAUUGUAUUUGCAUUGGACCAAAUCAAUAUGUUUGUCAGUGUCAUGUUGGUUGGGCAGGUGAUGGUUUUACAUGUGGUAUCGAUAGUGACAAUGAUGGACAUGCUGAUUUAGUUGAUAAUUGUCCAAGUGUAUCAAACAGUGGACAAGAAGAUGCUGAUAAUGAUGGUACUGGUGAUGCAUGUGACAAUGAUUCAGAUAAAGAUGGUGUAUUAAAUAUACCAGAUAAUUGUCCGUUAACAUAUAAUCCACAACAACAAGAUACUGAUAAUGGUGGUCCAGAUGGUGUUGGUGAUGUUUGUGAUAAUUGUCCAAAAAUACCAAAUCCACAUCAAGAAGAUUCUGAUGGUGAUGGUGUUGGUGAUGCAUGUGACAAUGAUAAAGAUAAUGAUGGAAUUUUAAAUCAUGAGGAUAAUUGUCCAUCUAAAAAAAAUGAAGAACAAGAAGAUACUGAUGGUGAUGGUAUUGGUGAUGCUUGUGAUAAUUGUAUUGAUGUACCAAAUACAAAUCAAAAUGAUGAAGAUGGUGAUGGUGUUGGUGAUGAUUGUGAUACUGGACGUGAUAGAGAUAAAGAUGGUGUACAAGAUGACAUUGAUAAUUGUCCAGAUAUUGCAAAUGCCCAACAAAUUGAUACUGAUAAUGAUGGCUAUGGAAAUGAAUGUGAUAAUGAUAUUGAUGAUGAUGGUAUACCAAAUAAUAUUGAUAAUUGUAUACUAACAUAUAAUCCAAAACAAGAAUGUACAAAUGGUGGUAUUUAUGGUGAUGCAUGUACUAUUGAUUAUGAUCAAGAUAAAGUACCAGAUAGAUAUGAUAAUUGUCCAAAUAAUAGUCAAAUUUGGUCAACUGAUUUUCGAGAAUAUCAAACAAUUGCAUUAGAUCCUGAAGGAGUUGCACAGACUGAUCCAAAAUGGCAAAUUCAUCAUAAUGGAUCAGAAAUUGUACAAACAGCAAAUAGUGAUCCUGGUAUUGCAAUUGGUAAAGCAAAAUUUACUGGAGUUGAAUUUGAAGGAACAUUUUAUGUUAAUACAGACAUUGAUGAUGAUUAUGUUGGUUUUGUAUUUUCAUAUCAAAGUAAUCGUAAAUUUUAUGCUGUUAUGUGGAAAAAAACAGCUCAAACAUAUUGGCGUGCAUCACCAUUUAGAGCUGUUGCUGAACCAGGUGUACAAUUAAAAUUAGUUGAUUCAGAAACAGGACCUGGUAAAAUAAUGAGAAAUAGUUUAUGGCAUACUGGUGAUCGUGAUAAUCAAGUUAAAUUAUUAUGGAAAGAUCCUAAAAAUAUUGGAUGGAAAGAAAAAACACCAUACAGAUGGAGACUAAUUCAUACACCUAAAAUUGGUCUUAUACGUUUAUGGAUACAUCAAGGACGUAAUUUAAUUGUUGAUUCUGGUAAUGUUUAUGAUUCUGUAUUAAAAGGUGGACAACUUGGAGUAUUUUGCUUCUCACAAGAAAUGAUUAUAUGGUCAAAUUUAUACUACAAAUGUUCAGACACUGUUCCAGCUAUGGUUUAUGAUGAACUUUCAGAUGAAAAUAAAAGACUCGUUCAUAAAGAUUCAAGUGGAUAUUAUAAUCAAAGUUCACGCAGUUAAAAAACAAUGAUCUAUGAAAAAAAAAAAAAGAACCAAGACAUUUUUUGUUACGUAGUAUUUGUUUGUUUAUUUUUUUUUUUCUUCAAAGAAAAUUUAUCAAGUGGUAUUUAUUUAAGGAAAAAAAUUGUUAAAUGUAAAUUGAGUGUGUGUCAUCAUCAUUUAACAUCAUAAUUAAAAAUAUUUUUUUUUUUUUGUCAAUAAAACACAUUUGAAUAAA